UUAACAUAUUCAACUUCUUAUUUUGCCUUUGAUAUUUUAGGAGAACAUUUUUGCAUAGUGAAGGAGCUGGGGCUUUAUUGAUGAGGCCACAUUUGAGCAAUAAUGUACAACAGUAGUUACUCUCAGGCCAGCUUUGGCUUGGCUGCUAAGAAGAUGCGUAAAUCGAAAGGCAAGAGCUGUGGUUAUUACAUGAAGAUUGUCUUCUUUUUCUCCUCACUCAUCCAGUCUCUGAUUAUUGCGAGUCUAGUACUCUUUCUGGUGUACGGACAGCCCGAUCACAAGGUGGAGGAAAAGAGGCUGCAAGAGUUGGACCAAAGUGUUAGCAAACUAACGAUGGAAAAUUUCAUUCUCCGUGGGAAGGAAAAGAACCUCACCAAAGUUCUGAACGUCACUCUCACUGCAAAGCUGAUCAAUGACAAAGCUCUGGCUGAAUUACGCAAACUGGCGAACAUCUCAUCUAUGACAAUAAGGAACAUGCAAACAACAAAUUCACGAUAUGAGAUGGAAAAAAGAAUGACAGCAUCUCGUGGAUGCCCUCCUACAUUUUGUCCAGAUCCAAAUGACAACAACAGACGUUUGCAAAGUAUGCUUGAGCAGUCAGGAGAAAUGCUGAAGCUGGUUAAAACAAACUUUACUCAGAUGUUGGCGUUUAGUAAAGCUGAGUUGGACAACUCCAACAAAGAAAAGGAUGGGUAUCACUUGGAAGCAAUUAGACUAAGGCGAGACAAGGCUCUCCUUGAAGAAGAGCUCCUCUUGUACCAAGAUAAGUGCAAAAAUGAUCUUGUCAGUUCUUUAAAAGGAAUCCCCGAUGUCACUAAAGAAUUCCUCAAAAGGAUCGAUGACCUCUUCUCAAAACACAUUUCUUUCCAACUAACAUGUGAUAAACAAAAAAAUCAGCUUGAAGACAUUCGGGAAAACUGCAGCAGUCUUUCAAGAGAAGUUGAGAACAAGCUCCAGUCAUAUCUGGACAUAGUGGGAAACCAGUACACAAAAAUUAAUGGGGAAAAUGCCAAAUAUAUGACAGAGAACAAACGCCUGAAAGAGGACGCCACUUGGUGCAAUCAGAAUCGCAGUGCCAUGAAUCGUGAGAAUCGCAAAACUCUUGAGCAACUUCAGCUCAAGAAUGACAAAGACAGUGAAAAACUUCUGCUAGAGAAUAGAAGGCUUAAAGGAGAUAACAACCUGAAAGAAAACCUUCUCUCAGUGAAAGAAAAAGAAAUUAAAAUGCUCACAAACACCAUUGAAACUCUCAAUACUUCACUUGUCAACUGUAAGCCACAAAUGCGAACUAACCCAUUCAUGAACAACUACGGUUUUCCAAACAUACCUCAUACUGGUGGAACCGGUCUGAGUUCAACAGGACUGAGCAAACCAAACAUGCCAUGGCCCGGGACCGGCUCCACUGGGCCAGCAUUUUCCAGUCCUAAUGGUGUAGGAUCCAUCCCAAGAUGGGGCAGCACAGGAUCAGGUGUGACAGGAUCUUUAAAUACAGCUGUAGGGGCAACAGGGACCAUUUCAGGUGGACUGGGGAGCACGGGAUUUGGCCAUGCUGGAUCAAGCACUGCAUUUGGCAAUAUAGGUCAAAGUGGAGCAGGGAUGACAGCCUUCAGCAGUACAGGAUCAAGUGGAGUAGGGAUGGGAAAACCAGUGAUUGGAGGUACAGGUGUUGGCUCAGUUGGGUUUAACACACCUGGAUUUGGAGGAACAAGAACACCAGUUGGUGGGAGUGAAAUAAGCCAAGCACAGAUAAAUCUCCAUUUGAAGGAGCUGCAUCGUUAUUUAGUCCCAAAUAAUUGAGGGAGUGAACAAAGUCCUGGCACAACCCA